AAGAAAAGAAUUCUGUUUGUUAUUGACAUUUGUGGUUUUCCAUCAAAUUAUCUAAUUGCUUCGAGAUUAUCGUUGGACAAAUAACAUUCCAUCAAAAUACAAGAUAAAAAUAUGGCCAAUUUUAUUCAUAUUAUUAAAAAAUUCUUUCAAGAAUAUAAUAAAACAACAAGUAAACGUUUGAAAGCAAUCGAUGUAUAUUUAGCAUAUAUAUUUUUUACCGGUAUUAUACAAUUUGUUUAUUGUUUAUUGGUUGGUACAUUUCCAUUCAAUUCAUUUUUGGCCGGUUUUAUAUCAACAAUUGCAAGUUUUAUUUUGGGUGUUUGUCUUCGUAUACAGGUGAACGAUCAGAAUAAAUUGGAUUUUUUCAACAUAAAAGAUGAACGUGCAUUUGCUGAUUUUAUUUUCGCUCAUAUUAUAUUACAUUUGGUUGUAGUAAAUUUUAUUGGUUAAAAAAAAAGUGAAAAAUUGAAUUUGAAGCAAACAAAAUUUAUAAUUUACAAUUUUUUUU